UCCUCCAGAAGGAGGGAGGAAGAAGAAGAAGCUGCCGUCCGAGGCAUAGUUCGUCUCGGCGCGUCGGCAGGGAUGGGCCGCAGCGGGGAGCUGAGCGACUUCCAGAGGGGCACCGUGGUAGGAUGCCACAUGUGCGAAAAGUCCCUGCGGGAGAUCGCCACCCUGCUCAAACUGCCGCGCUCCACCGUCAGAAACGUCAUCGUGCAAUGGAAGCGAGAGCGCAGGACUUGCCCAUUGCCCCGCUGCGGCCGGCCGCACAAGCUCAAGGAGGAGCACCGGCAGGUUCUGGAGCGGAUGGCCCAGGAACAGACAUUCCCGUCCCUGCAGGCGCUCGCCGCCGAGUUCCGGCGGGCGUCCGGGGCCGACGUCAGCGCGGCCACCGUCAGCAGGGAGCUGCGGGAGAUGGGCCUCAGCCGGCGGUCGUCCUCCGAAGGCAAAGCCAAAGAAAGGAAGAAAGCGCAGAAGAUGGCAAAAACCUCCAAUGAGGACAGAACCAAGGUGGGCGGCCAAGACCAAAUUCACGUGUCCCAUCUGGAUUUGCGGGUGGGUCGCAUCCUCAGGACCACGGAGCUCCCCGGAACGGACGGCUUGUACAUGCAGCACGUGGAUGUUGGCGAGGUUCACCCAAGGACGGUGGUCAGCGAGGCUUUCCCCGUCAACCAGUUACAAAACUGCAUGGCCGUUGUGCUUUGUAAUCUGGUGCCCGCGCAGGUCCGAGGCGUGGCGUCUCAGGCAGUGGUCGUAUGCGUAAGGUCGCCGGGCAGCGUGGAGAUCCUCGUGCCUCCGAAUGGAGCGGUACCUGGCGAUAGAGUCACAAUCCAUGGAUUUACAGGUGACCCUGACAAGGAGCUGGACUCGGCCAAGGUGUGCGAGCCCGUUUGCUUGGACCUACGCACAGACAGCCAGUGCGUGGCCACCUACAAGGGCGUGCCUAUGGAGGUCGUGGGCAAGGGCGUGUGUCAAGCACCCACCUUGCAAGACUGUGAGGUCGUCCUGACUAAUGGAGGAGCCGCGUGAAGGACAGCCGGAGACUUUUUUUUUUUAAUAUAAAUGCAAAUGUUCCCACCAGGAGACUCUUUGUAUCGUCACUUUAAAAUCAUAUUAUUCUCAGCAGCUAUAUGUUUACGCAUCAUAUUUUUUUCAAUUGAAUUUACCGUAUUUACUCCAUUCGAAUAGACGCUAUGCGUCAAUUAAUUGCAAAAAAAUGAAUGCCUUCUUGUUCCCCCUCGUGUAAAAAUGAAUACAUAAAAUAACGGUGUGCCAUUAGGUAACUGUAAUUACUUUUACGACAGCCAAGGGGUGCGGUUUGACAAACAAUACGGUGACCAAAAUGAACAUUGGCAUGGUCUUAAUAUGAAAAGAAAUCUAAAAUAAUAAAAACAUUAUUUCCAAUGAAUGAACACCUCCUCAUUCCUCCUCAUCUAAAAAAAUAACUUGGGUUCCGUUAGUUAACUAAUUACCUUUAUCCAGUCGACAGAAAGAAGAGUGUCUAGAUCCACCCUUAAAAAAAAAAACACUUGUGCAAAUAUAAACACCUUCCAGGAAGUAGAUGCCUCCUUGUUUUUCCUCAUCUUAAACACAACAGGAAAUGUCAUUAGGUAACUAAUUACCUUUACUACGGCAGAAAAAACAAACAUUGUGCAAAUGUACUUCCAAUAAGUUGAUGGCUCCUUGUUGUCCCUUGUCAUAAAAAUAACAAGAUCCCAUUCGGUAACUGUACGUCAACAAAAUGCACAUUUGCGUCGUCUUAGGGCAGUGAGGCAAGCACAAAUAGCACUACAUUAUCAAAGGACGCACAAAUAGAAACUACACCCAUUGUGACACAGAAGUAACAAUUCUCUGUCGACAGACUACAGAGUAUCAAGCCCCAACCUGAAAACAAGCCUGACUAAAUGGCCUCUAUUUGAGGAGAACAUACGCUUUCCAUUGUUACCUUUAAGCUAACAAUUUAUAAAAAAAUAAAUGACGCUUUAGUAUCUAUCCGCUGGCAACAUUUCUGCUUUAUGAUUUGAAGGAUGUGUACAGUAUAUGGAUUUAAUGAAAAUAUGUAUUACCAUGCUGUUAGAUUGCAAAGAUAGAGAACAUUUUAUCGCUUGUUUCCAAAUGCACAACGCCCACAGCUCAGGAAGACACAUGGAGACAUGAGUGGUCAAAAAAUCUUUUUUUUUUUUUUUUUGGACAAAAAAAUAAAAACAUUUUUUUUUAA